AUGCUUUCAGCAGUCAAUUAUUUGCUUUUCAGUGAAUGCACAGCGAAGCUUUUACUCUCUGGUUUGAUUGGUGUAUACACGGCUUAUUAUUUCUUAGUGGCUCGUUCGGUAAGACUUAUUUGUUGGUAUUUAUCAAUUUAUUUACAGCCACCAAUUCUCUAUGGACGUUCUAAGAGGCUUUCCAAUUUCUUUCUCUCAUACGUUCCUUUUCUGAGAGAAAUUUAUUCUCCUUUUAUCUUUGGUUUUACUGGUCGUGUUCAGACUGUGUUGAGACCAAUAUUUUAUCUGAUAGACCUGCAUAGAGAAUAUGUAAGCUUUCCAGACGGUGGGGAAAUGCAAUUGUCGUGGAGCAAUGUGGAAGGAAUGUCGGAGGAUACACCAAUUGUGGUUCUUUUACCUGGAUUAACUGGAUGUGGCUGUUGCAGUUACAUAACUAGUCUGGUGAAGGAGAUAAACAGUCUGAAUUACCGUUGUGUUGUUUCGAACAACCGUGGGACAUGUCGGCACAAGUUGAAGACACCGAAAACCUAUUGUGCUGCUCAUACUUCCGAUGUUGCGACCGUUUUCGAGCUGAUCCGAAACCGAUAUCCAGAUGCUCCAAUGGUGGCAGUUGGAAUUUCCCUUGGAGCACUUCUGGUGUUCAAUUACUUGGCUGACGAGCAGAAAGAACCUGGCAAACCUUGUCCCCUCACGGCUGCCAUGUGCAUCUGCAUGCCUUGGGAUAUCUCCCAAACUUCUGACAAGUUGGAGAAAUCUCUUGACUGGCUCCUAUUCAACUAUCCUCUCACUUAUGGCCUGCGUCAACUCGUCAUUCGGAACGCUGAAGUUCUCUCUGAAAAAUAUGAUGUUCCACGUAUACUCAAGAGCCGUUCUGUUCGUGAGUUUGAUGAAUCCAUGACUGUGGAUAUGUUCGGCUAUAAGUCAGUUGAGGAAUACUAUGCCGAUGCCUCACCAGCAUCGAAAAUCCAUCGAGUUCGUAUUCCUGUACUCUGUCUGAAUGCUGCUGAUGAUCCUUUUGUGCCAUUCCAAAGCUUGCCUCUGAAUACUGUCAACGACUCAGAUAAUAAGGUGAUCCUCGCAUUGACACGCCAUGGUGGACACAUAGGAUUUUUGGCAGGAUUUUUGCCCACUCGUCCAAGCCUCAUGGACCUUUCCGUGAAUGCUUUUCUGAAUCACGAGUAUGCGAAAGAGGUGACCCCUUGCACUGAAAUUGCAAAGUCGGUGAGUAGCGUAUAA